AUGGCCUCCAUGGGGCUACAGGUGAUGGGGAUAGCGCUGGCCGUGCUGGGCUGGCUGGGCGCCAUCGUGAGCUGCGCGCUGCCCAUGUGGCGCGUGACGGCCUUCAUCGGCAGCAAUAUCCUCACGGCGCAGACCACGUGGGAGGGCCUGUGGAUGAGCUGCGUGGUGCAGAGCACCGGCCAGAUGCAGUGCAAGAUGUACGACUCGAUGCUGGCGCUGCCGCAGGACCUGCAGGCGGCCCGCGCGCUCAUGGUUAUCUGCAUCGUCGUGGCGGCGCUCGGCCUGCUGCUGGCCGUGGUGGGCGGCAAGUGCACCAACUGCGUGGAGGACGAGAGCGCCAAGGCCAAGACCAUGAUCGUGUCGGGCGUGGUGUUCCUGCUGGCCGGCCUGAUGGUGAUGGUGCCCGUGUCCUGGACGGCCAACACCAUCAUCCGUGACUUCUACAACCCGGUGGUGAACGCCUCGCAGAAGAGGGAAAUGGGGGCCGCGCUGUACAUUGGCUGGGCUGCCGCAGGCCUGAUGCUGAUUGGAGGAGGCCUACUCUGCUGUAACUGCCCACCUCGCACCGAGAAGCCCUACUCCGCUAAGUAUUCGGCCGCCCGCUCUGCCGCGGCCAGCAACUAUGUGUAA